ACGAGACGUCAGUAUAUUCGCUUCCCGCGACCAUCUCUUUCUCUCCCUCCCUCCCUGUCUAAGCGAGUCUGCGUUCAGCUGAUCCUCCUGUCAAAAGGAGCCAGAGCCACCUUUCCUGGGCUGGCGGAGGCGUUGAGGGGAGAAGGGAAGCAGCUCCCUCACCACAAGAUGGAGGCUUCGUGAUCCGCGGCGACUCCCACACGGUUCUCUGCCCGUUCUUCUCGUUCUGCCUCUGACAAAAGAAAAAUGGCGUUUAGUAAAGGUUAUCGUAUCUAUCAUAAACUGGACCCACCACCAUUCAGUGUGAUAGUAGAAGCCAGAACCAAGGAAGAAUGCCUCAUGUUUGAGUCUGGCGCUGUGGCUGUUCUCUCAUCUGCAGAGAAAGAUGCAAUCAAGCACCUGUACUCCAAGGUAAUGGAUGCAUAUGGACUUCUCGGUGUAUUAAGAUUAAAUCUUGGAGACACAUUGCUACAUUAUCUAGUACUUGUCACGGGAUGUAUGUCUGUAGGAAAGAUUCAAGAAUCUGAAGUUUUUCGUGUUACUUCCACUGAUUUAAUAUCAUUGCGAACUGACCCAUCAGAUGAAGAACGAAUCUCCGAAGUGCGCAAAGUUUUGAAUUCAGGAAACUUUUAUUUUGCAUGGUCUUCUGCUGGGGUCAGUUUAGAUCUUAGUCUAAAUGCCCACCGUAGCAUGCAAGAACAAAGCACUGAUAACAGGUUCUUCUGGAACCAAUCUUUGCACUUGCAUCUUAAACAUUAUGGAGUGAACUGUGAUGACUGGUUGUUGCGUCUCAUGUGUGGAGGAGUAGAGAUUAGAACAAUUUAUGCAGCUCACAAACAGGCGAAGGCUUGUAUUAUUUCACGACUAAGCUGCGAACGAGCUGGGACCAGAUUUAAUGUUCGAGGAACAAAUGAUGAUGGCCAUGUGGCUAAUUUUGUUGAAACUGAACAGGUGAUAUUCCUAGAUGAAUGUGUGUCGUCAUUUAUACAAAUCCGUGGAUCUGUUCCUUUAUUUUGGGAGCAACCAGGUUUACAAGUUGGAUCUCAUCGUGUCAGAAUGUCAAGAGGAUUUGAAGCAAACGCACCAGCCUUUGACAGACAUUUUCGUACCCUUAAAAAUAUAUAUGGCAAGCAAAUAAUUGUGAAUCUUCUUGGGUCAAAAGAAGGAGAGCAUAUGCUUAGUAAAGCCUUUCAGAGCCAUUUGAAAGCAUCUGAACAUGCUGAUGACAUCAAAAUGGUGAACUUUGACUAUCAUCAAAUGGUCAAAGGUGGAAAGGCAGAAAAGCUACACAGCAUUCUUAAACCACAGAUCCAGAAAUUCUUAGAAUGUGGAUUUUUUUACUUUGAUGGAAAGGAAGUUCAGAGAUCUCAAAGUGGUACUAUAAGAACAAACUGCUUGGACUGUCUGGAUAGAACAAACAGUGUACAGGCUUUUGUUGGCUUAGAGAUGCUAACAAAACAACUGGAAGUUUUAGGAUUAGCUGAAAAACCUCAGUUGGUUACUCGAUUCCAGGAAGUGUUUCGGUCUAUGUGGUCUGUUAAUGGUGAUUCAGUCAGUAAAAUAUAUGCUGGAACUGGAGCUCUUGAAGGAAAAGCAAAGGCUGGGAAGCUGAAGGAUGGUGCACGUUCUGUGACCAGAACAAUUCAAAAUAACUUUUUUGAUAGCUCAAAGCAGGAAGCUAUUGACGUUUUGUUGUUGGGAAAUACCCUAAAUAGUGAUUUAGCAGACAAAGCACGGGCUCUCUUAACCACCGGCAGUUUACGUGUUUCAGAACAGGCAUUGCAAUCAGCAUCAGCAAAAAUACUGAAGAACAUGUGUGAGAAUUUUUAUAAGUACUCAAAGCCCAAAAAAAUUCGAAUUUGUGUUGGAACAUGGAACGUCAAUGGUGGAAAGCAGUUUCGAAGCAUUGCCUUUAGAAACCAAACCCUCACUGACUGGCUUUUAGAUGCACCAAAAGUGGCUGGCAUCAGUGAAUUCCAAGAUCGAAGGAGCAAGCCAAUUGACAUCUUUGUUAUAGGAUUUGAAGAAAUGGUAGAGUUAAAUGCAGGAAAUAUUGUGAGUGCAAGUACAACCAAUCAAAAGUUAUGGGCUGCUGAAUUGCAGAAGACUAUCUCAAGAGAUUACAAAUAUGUUCUGCUGGCUUCAGAGCAGUUGGUGGGUGUUUGCCUCUUUGUAUUCAUCAGACCUCAACAUGCACCAUUUAUCAGGGAUGUUGCAGUUGAUACUGUAAAGACUGGCAUGGGAGGAGCUACUGGUAAUAAAGGUGCAGUAGCAAUUCGAAUGUUGUUUCAUACCUCCAGUCUUUGCUUCGUGUGCAGUCACUUCGCUGCAGGACAGUCGCAAGUCAAAGAGAGAAAUGAAGAUUUCAUGGAAAUAUGUCGAAAACUGAGCUUCCCAAUGGGAAGAAUGCUUUUUUCCCAUGACUAUGUAUUCUGGUGUGGCGAUUUCAAUUACCGUGUAGAUCUUCCUAAUGAGGAAGUUAAAGAACUGAUUCGGCAGCAGAAUUGGGAUGCUCUUAUUGCAGGAGAUCAGCUCAUUAAUCAGAAAAAUGCUGGCCAGAUAUUUAGAGGCUUUUUAGAGGGAAAAAUAGCCUUUGCUCCAACAUACAAAUAUGACUUGUUUUCGGAUGAUUAUGAUACCAGUGAAAAAUGUCGUACACCAGCCUGGACAGAUCGCGUACUAUGGAGGAGAAGAAAAUGGCCUUUUGACCGAUCAGCGGAAGACAUGGAUCUUCUGAAUUCCAGUUUUCAUGAUGAAAGUAAACUUCUUUACACCUGGAAUCCUGGAACUUUGUUGUAUUAUGGAAGGGCAGAGCUGAAAACAUCUGAUCAUAGGCCCGUUGUUGCACUGGUUGAUAUAGAUAUCUUUGAAGUUGAUGCAGAAGAGAGGCACAACAUUUACAAGGAAGUAAUUGCAGUGCAGGGACCACCUGAUGGUACUAUAAUGAUCUCCAUCAAAGGGUCUUCAUCUGAAGAGAACUAUUUUGAAGACAACUUGAUUGAUGAACUUCUUCAAAAGUUUGCAACUUACGGUGAAGUUAUACUCAUAAGAUUUGUAGAAGACAAAAUGUGGGUGACGUUUUUGGAAGGGAGCUCUGCUUUGAAUGUCCUGAAUUUGAAUGGUAUUGAGCUCCUUGGGAAAACGAUCAACAUUAAUUUGAAAAGCCCAGAUUGGAUUAAGAGCUUGGAAGAAGAGAUUAGUCUGGAGAGAGUUAAUUUUGGAUUGCCUUCAUCAACAAGUUCCACUUUGCUUUGUGAAGAUGCUGAGGUUUCUGCAGACUACGAUAUGGAAGGUGAUAUUGAUGAUUAUAGUGCUGAAGUAGAAGAAAUUCUUCCUCAGCACCUACAGCUAGCUACAGGUUCUGGUCUCGGAGCCUCACCUGGCUCUUCACCUCGUUCAAGCCCCUGCCAAUCACCUACACUGUCAGAUGGGCCACCUCCAGCUCUUCCAUCAAGACCAAGCAGAGCACCUAACAAGACUCCUGGACCACCUUUAUCUUCUCAAGGUUCUCCAGUAGAUUUUCAACCAAUUAUUCAACAAAGAGAGUCUAUUCAAAGCUUGGAACCUAAACGCCCACCUCCACCUCGCCCAGGAGUGCCUCCUGCUCGUCCUGCUCCACCACAGAGACCCCCUCCACCAUCAGGACUUGGUGCUCCUCCCAGCCCUGUUGUACCUAGGAGAGAAGAAGUUCAUAGUCAGUCACCACCUCCAACUGGACCAACAAGCAUAGGAACAUCUGGAUACAGUACAUGUCGACCGACAAUUCCUCCCCGAGUUGGAGUCAUUAGUGCACCACUAAGCCAAGUCCGUCCUCAGAUGGGAAGGCACACACCUGAACUCCAGGCCAAGCCAGCAGAACCACCAAGAGGAUCCCCUAUGCUUCCUGAACCACUUAAACCACAGGCUGCAGUUCCUGUUCCCACCUCUCAGCCUUCCUCAGUCCUAAAGAUGCAGGAACCUCUUAUACCUAUGACAGCAGCAUCUCAAACCACAUCUCCACAAAAUCUGGAAGCACCACCGCAGCCUCCCCCUCGUAGCAAAUCAUCCCAAAGCUUGCCUUCUGAAUCCAAUCCUUCACAGAAACAAAUUAAAACAAAUGGAGUUCUUGCCAUUCAGCUUGAAACACAGCUAAACAAUGAUCCUUUUGAAGAUCUGUCCCUUCAGCUACUUUCUGCAUCCAGAAUUCAGUCAUCAGUCCGAAUGUCACCAACUGUACCUUUAAACCAAAAGGAGCUGACAAAGUUGCCUUCUGCAACAGACAAUUUUAAUACUUUGAGUAACAUAAAUUGCAUGCCAGCAAUGCCACUUAUUUCAACAUAUAGUAAACCUGAAGAACAUACACAUAAUUCUCCAAAUCCAUUUGCUAUCAGACUAAACAGCACAAAUCCAUUCACUGAAAAGACUAUUAGUGCUGGAAAUCCAUUUAGAACAGAAACCCAAGAAUCUGAAGCAGCUUCACAUUGUUCAACAGAAGGACCUGCUGCUUAUUCUUCUCCACUUCUAAAGUCUCCCAGUCAUCAUAAAGACAAGGCAACAUUUUAUGUUAGUACAUUUAAAGAUGAUUUUUAUUUGCAGACUGCAUCUUCUAUAGCUAACGACGGAAAACCAAAAGGAUGGGUAACAUUUGAAGAAGAGGAUUUUGUGUUAAAGUCACAGAACAAUUCCACUGAAUUAAAAAGAGCUAGUUCCCUGCAUGCAUCGUUUUUUCCAAGUUCCCUGGGCACUGGACAAAAUAACUUUGGCUCAGACUCUACCAUUUACAAUGCCCGGAACAGAAGCUCUGAUUCUCUCCAGCCACUACCAGCAAGAUCCCCACCUGCACCUCCUGUAUCAUCCAGGUCCGCCAGCACCAAAUCAGCUACUGACCCUUUUAUUUCCCUAGCACCUAAACUUUUUUCAACUCAAGAUUUUACGGAAAGAUAAAUUCUUUAAAACUGGAUGUUAAGUUAUUUGAUAAGAGUAUCCAGUAGAAUUGGGCAUUGAUGUAAUUCUCUGUGUGCAAUAAUUUUGUCAGAUGCACUGAACCUUAAAUAUUAAUUCACUAUGUACAAACUAAGAUACGUGCGUAUAUAUAGUAAUGCACAAAGGUAGUUCCACAAUAUAUCUCAUUAUGUCACUUCUAAUAGGGCACAAUGCAGGGAUUGUUAUGUACAUUUAAAUUCUAUUGUAAUCAGUAAUACUCAGUACAAAAUUAUGUGUUCUCUGCUGUUGAUUUACGAUACAACAUGCACAAAUUGUUUUUGCUGGACAAUGCACAUAGUUCUUAAAAUUUUCUGAUUCUUAUUUAAGACUUUAAAUGCUAUUUUAAAUAUCCUCCUGGCUGGUAGAACCUAGAACCAGUAUCUGAUAACUGGUAUAUUUAUAAGUAUUUACCAAAGAACUGCCAAAGUUUAAUUAAAAUACUGACUGUUCAAGGGUAAUGUUGGGAAAUAAGUUGUAUACCAGAGGUUUAUGAAGAUUUGUAAAGGUAAAUUCCACAUAAGAGUCAAAAGAGACAUUUUUAAAGUAAACGGCAUAUAGUAAUAUAUUUUACCUGCCACUGCACAUGUAUUAUUAUGCACAAAUGGAAAAUUGUGUGGUUUGAUUUAAAAACCAGUUUCAUUAUAUAUAUUUUUUGCUUUGGCCAUUGCUCAUAUUCAAGAAUUAUCCUGCUUUAACUUCUCAGAAAAAUGAAUAUUUGCUUUUAAACCUAAAGGGCAGAAACUCAUAAUUGAAGAAAACUUCAUAGUCACAUGUAAAGACCUGGGUGAAAAAGUAAUCAGAUAUGUGGUCCAUGUAUUUCAAUAUCUAUAUAUUUUACUUCCUCCCUUGCUAUAUAUAGAUGCGGUGUCUCAAAUUUGGCUUCAACAGAACAAAUACCAUUUGUGUACUGUUCUGUUAAGCUUUUUAGAUGUCAGUGCCAUGUGAUGAUUAUGGAAGCAAAUUCUGUCAGUCUCUGCACAACGCUUUGUAAACUUGCAAUUGAUCCUGCCUCAUGGUUUUACAACUGGCAUUUAAAUGUAGUGUUCUGGUGUCAUGAAGGAAACUCGUUUCCCCCACACGCACCCCAACAAUACUUUGUUAGGGAAGAUAUAGACCCCAUUAUUCAUGUUGUCACAGCUAUUUAUAUUACUUACUUUUUCAACUUUAUGAAUCUUUUUUGAGAAGGGCCUCACCAAAUAUGUCUAUUGUUAUUGCCCUCUUAGCAAUCUGCUCUUAUGUUGACUAUAUUAGCAAAAAAAUUUCCUUUUACAGCAUCCAAGUAAAGCACAGCAUUCCAUGGAGCAUCAAAAAUAAAAUUGUUACUACAUUCUUUAAUAUUACCCCAGCAUAUUUAUAUAAAUCAUCACAUCUAAUAGUGCACAAACAUUAAUUGCAGUUCAUUCGCAAAUAAACACAGUAACUUCUAUAUUGUGCUUUUAAAAGUACUUGUACAUUUUGAAACAGCAGUGGUACUAUAACCUUUUGUGCUUCAGUAUAUGGCUUAACUAGUUAAAAUUCUAAUGAUUAACAUCUAUGUGAUUGUGCUUUGGUAUAAUCUGAUGUUAGCAAAGCAAUUGUGUUCUGGAAAGUUAGUGCAAAUUACAGUUCAGUGAUAUGUGGUCUUUGUUUAAAUAUCUAAUUUCAAUUAUUACAAUUUUCUAUAAUGUAUUUAAAAUGCAGGCCCCAGCAUCUUUACUGGAUUACAAAAUCGGACAGCAAAGUACCACAAAAUUUGCAAUGAAGCAUCUACAAACAUAGGAUAAAUAAAUAACAUGUGUAUUGCUAAAGAUAAUAGUAGAGAGUAAAAAUUACCAACUAUGUAAAAAUGCUAUAUAUUUUCAUGGAGUGUGUUCUCUGUGGCAAAUUGCUUUGUUAAUGUGUAACAAAUUGUUGCUUGUGGUACACAAUAUUUUACUAUAUCCAUUACAAAGCAGUAUUAACUUCAUGGUCCAUACAUAUCCUGUGAAACGUGAUGUUGCAUAAAUGAAAUAAAUAUACCCAACUUUCAGA